GUCAUUUUCAAAAGGAGACACAUGUGACAUGGAAAACUGCAUUCAGAACUGCAUUUAACAAGCUAAUAGUUUUACACAAUCUUCUAUAAAUGUGAACCUUUUGCUCACAUUGUGGAUCAUAAUCUUAAGAGAGCCCCAAGAAGUCAGAUCCUCUCAAACAAAGUCCGUUCACAGACAUGAACUUCAAACUAGCUUUGGCUCUCCUGACCUUGCUUGUCGUGGCUCAAAUGAGCAUGGCUCAAACGAAAGGCAAGGGAAAGGGCAAAGGAAAAGGAAAAGGAAAAGACAGUGGAGAAGACCCCGAAGUUAUGAACCGAAGCAGCAGCGAGGAAAGCAGCGAGGAAAGCAGUGAAGAAAGCAGCGAGGAGAGCAGCGAGGAGAGCAGCGAAGAGAACCGUCAAGAGGGCAAAGGCCAGAAAGGAAAGGGAAAGGGGAAAGGAAAGGGAAAGGGAAAGGCAUCUGAAGAAGUUAUGGAGUAAUGUGAUGUUUGAGAUGUCACUUCGUAAUAAGCCGUUGUAAAAUGUAUGGAAUAAAAAUUGUUCAUCGCAAA